GCCUUUCUUGGUCGUGUGCGGGGCGGGCACUGUAGCUGUAAUUAUUCGACUAUUUGAUUUUGUUCCGCCUCUGGGUCUAAAACCUGCCGUCCUUUUUUUUUUUCUCUCCAACGCGAGGAAUAUACAGCGAGCGACACGUUGAAAGGGGGAUUUAAUUUUUUUUUUUUUUAAAAAAGAGACGGACCCCGUCCCCGUCCCAGUCACAACCAGGCAGCCAAUAGGCGCGCUUUCAUAGCCUUGCCCAAGACGGGACCCGAGUCUCUUGUUUGUGAAACAAGGGAAGGAUCCAGAGAGAGACUCGCAAACACACGCACUGCAAAGCGGCGGUAUUGCGAGCCAGUCAAAUAAAGAAGGAAAUCGUUUUUUUUUUUUUUUUUUUUUUUUGUGCUAUAUGCUACACAUCUCUAAAUGCGGCGAGGUUGAAGACCGUAUUGUUCAACGCAACGAGGGCUAAAAUGACAGGAAAGGGACUGAAACGCAAGCUCCCUGAAGAGGGUGAUCUCCCGGAGGGCUCCGCGGUUCAGAAGGGCAGCGGCUUGUAUUGCACGCAGCGCCAGUCCGUCCUCAACAUCUCCCUAGACAAGUACAACCGCGGGCAGAAGCUGCUGGAGCCCAGCCUUCGUCGCUCCGUCCUAAUCGCUAACACCCUGCGGCAAAUCCAAGAAGAGAUCAGGCAGGAGGUGAGCCACCCCGGCACGCCACAGAUUGGCAGCCCGCCCGCCGCUCAGAUCUCUCCCCUCUCUGAAUCCAACAGCCUUAAAGAGUCCCUGCCCGCGCCCGCACCUCCAUCGCGGCUUUCAAUGGAGAACCAUCCCAUGGGGCUGGGGGACAGCGAUGACUGGACGCUGCUGUCGUCCGAGGAAGACUUCUCCUUGUCUUCGGCCAUUUCCUCCUUGCUCAAGGAGCUGGACGUGGCGAUUGAUGGGAGUCCAGCCCCCAGUCCUCAGCGCACGCCCCUGGGCUCCAUCGAGAACCUGGAGACGGAGAAGGCAGACAAACAAGAGCCCUGCAAGGCGGAGGGCAAGCACGGGGGCUGCAGGCCGUCCGAGACGGCGUUCGGAAACUUGGAAAUCAUGAGCUCCAGCUACCUUCGUGACGUCGCGCUCGACGAUCUGUUUUUGGACAUCGACACCUCGGUUUACGAGCGGGACGCCGGCCCGCUGGGCGGCAGGACUUUGUCUUCUGCGGCAAGCGACGAGUUUCUCAAGUAUCUGCCCUCCUGCCACCCGUCGUCUUUUUCCAUGAAUCCGAACGCCCGGGAUUUGAACGAGUUGGAGCACAUCAUGGAAAUACUGGUGGGGUCCUGAUUAAACUUUUGCAAGCAGAGAGCUGGGUUUCACAAGGGGGGGAGGGGGGGGGGGGUUGUUACCUUUUUAUGAAAUGAAAUGAAACAUUGGGUCUGAAAAAACAGAAAUACUGCGCAAUGAAUUGUCUUCCGUGAAGAUUGUUUGGUUUUUUAAUGUAACUCCUAAAAAUUCUUUAAUAUAACUAAAACCUCUUGUAACGCCUUAUUGUACUACACAACUAACUUAUAAUACUGGACUUCUGAGCCUAAGAUUUCCUGUAGAGAAUCGACUGUAACCAUAAUGUCUCGGCAACCAUCACAGAACUCAAAACUACCUCUGCUUUAUAUGUUAUAUUUAUUUAUUUAUUUUACCCUCUGCACCAGCUGUACAAAGCAGAACAUUUUCCUGCUGGUUCGUAAGUAUUGCUAAAAGAAAAGGAUCAGUUCUUAACUUCGAGGCUACCAGAUUUAUUACAGUGUAAUGGUCAAUAUUCCAGAUUCUGUCAAAACGCGAUGGUUUCCAAACAGUUUAUGAAACUGAAGUAAUGAAUCAUGCGUAGUGUUCUGUUUCCAGCCAAAUCUGGUAUAUUUAUUCAGCCGUUGGUACUCCCAUAACCAUUUCAGUUGGUAUAAACAGGAUCAGUUAAGUGAUUUUAAUUAAGAGGCUGUGUGGUCUAGUGGUUAAAGAAACAGGCUUGUAACCAGGAGGUCCCUGGUUCAAAUCCCAGACCCACUGACCCCGAGUCCAUCUGCAGCUGAUGCAUAGUUCACACACCCUAGUCUCUUGUCUUGUGAGUUGCAUUGUGAUGGUGGUCCACUAUGAAAGACGUUAUCUGUAGGACAGAUAGGGUUGAUCAGCAUUGUGGACACUACCUCAUCCAUUGGAUAAUGUUACAUACACAAUUAUGAUCCUGCACAUAUUUCCAGCAUUUGACAACAAAAAUAAUAUUGAAGUGGAACUGCUGAAAGAAGAGGUGCAGAGAAUUUUAUUUUUUUCCUUUCUUUAGUUUUACAGUGCAGCACGGACAUGCCACUCACAAAUGGUUAACCUUUGGUUUGUCAUUCUAAGCCACCUUUUUUUAACUUUUUUAAACUAACACUUCUUUUUAAUUUUAUUUUAAAUGCAUCUUGAUUAAAAAAAAUAAAAUAAAUUGGUACUCCAGCAACCACAAGUUACACAUUUACUAAAACAUUUAUUUUAAAAGGUUCUGAUCCUUUCGAAACAUUUGUAUUUCUAAUAUUUUAGGUUAACUUACCUUUUUUAUUUUUGUAUUAAACAUAACAAUAUAUGAAUGUAUUAAGUUUUAAACUUGAUUAUAUCAUAAAUAAUUGUGCCCUAUAUAGAGGCUGUAACUCAAUAUUGAUUGCUGUCCCAUUUUAAGAGGCUGGUAAAGUAUUGUGACGUUUACACAGUCAUGUUUUGAAUUUCAUUUUUUAUUAAGGUCUGACUGUUAUGGGUGUACUGUCUUCCCAAGUUUUAAACUUUUUGUGUAUGCUUUUGAGUUUCAGCUUCACAGGUAUUACAAACAGAAUGGUCGCUAGUCCUGUAAGCAACUAUGUUUCUGUAUACUGGAUUGAUUUGUAAAUUAUAUUCUGUUGGGAGGGGCAACAACCCAAGGCAUGUGUUAACUUUGUUCUACUGCAGACUUGGGGGGGGGGGGUCGGGGUCAAUAAUUAAUUAGUUACAGCAGAACUAAUUGCUAAAAUUGCAAUACUAUUUUAUUCAAUUAGUUAUGCUGCAAUGGUUUGCAGUUCUACAAAGAUAGUUACAUAACCCACUACCUAUAUAAAGAGGUUUACUCUGAAUAAUCCAGCCAUAAUCACUGGCACAAAUGCAAUUUACUAUGUGUGUUUUUUUAUUUAUUUCAAAUGGGGGGGGGGGG